GUUGGAAUGCAUGUGCACCUCUUAGGAAUGUAGAUUCCUGUAGCCAGUAAGAGGUUUCAUAGAUAUUAGCUAUUUGUGAAAAGAAAAUUAGAAUUAGUCUAGAAAUUUUAAAAACUGAAAAAAUUGAUUAUUUUUAUUUUUUGGACUACGGGUGAAAAAUUCCAUUUCGUAAUGGCCCCAAAACAAUCAACCCAAAGCUAUCAUCUUCCUGACUCUUAGGCCUAAUCAUUCCUCUGUAAUGGAAACCCAAGCAAUUUUCCUAAUCCUAAUUCUAUUAUCCACGAUCCGGUUAAGCAGUGCCGAUGGAGGCGAAUGGUCCGGCGCUCACGCGACUUUCUACGGAGGCGCUGAUGCAUCUGGUGGAGCUUGCGGCUAUGGAGAUCUGUACGGCGAAGGAUACGGGGACGGAAAUGCUGCUUUGAGCACCGCCCUAUUCGAAGACGGGCUGAGCUGCGGUGCUUGUUUUGAAAUCAAGUGCGUCGACGACGGCGAGCAGUGUUUUCCGGGCUCGAUUCUUGUGACGGCUACAAAUUUCUGCCCUCCCAGUUCACUGCCCAGUGAUGCCGGAGGAUGGUGUAAUCCUCCAUUGAAACACUUUGAUCUGUCCCAGCCUAUUUUCCAGCACAUUGCGCAGUACAGAGCUGGAAUUGUCCCCGUUCAGUACAGAAGACCCCGACCCAAUCAUAUUGCCAUUCCUAACCAAGUACAGAGGAGUUCUGCUAAACUUGAAUGGCUCAAAAUGGUAAUAGGGUUCCUUGCAAAAAGAGUGGCGGCAUCAAAUUCGCGAUAACAGGUCACUCCUACUACAACCUGGUACUGGUAACUAACGUAGGAGGCGCAGGGAAUGUUGUUCAUGUCUCCAUCAAGGGAUCCAACACCAGUUGGUUACCAAUGUCUCACAAUUGGGGCCAAAACUGGCAAAGCAACGCAUACCUGGAUGGACAAGCACUGUCUUUCGAGGUCACGACCAGUGAUGGCAUCUCUAUAGUCUCCGAGAAUGUGGCUCCUGCGAGUUGGUCUUUCGGUCAGACAUUUACUGGUGGACAGUUUUCCAGUGCACCCUCCCCUGGUUCACAGCAACCCACUCGCGAGCCCAACGGACAGCAACCCACUCGUGAGCCCUACGGACAGCAACCCACUCGUGAGCCCUUCAGUGGCCCGUCUACAGGUAACCAAUCACCUGCUUCGAAUUCAUUGUCAACAAUCAGAGUCAGGUGUCUUAAUUUUUUGGGACUUCUUAUAGCUUUUGUAGAAGCAAGGACACUCUUUUGGUUGCAUUUUCUUUAAAGAGGGGUGUUCAAAUAUUGCAAACUAGCAUGUAUAUACAGAAAGAUCUUGAGCUAAGCAUUUUGUUUGCUGAAUAAGUUUCUUACCUUGUAUGACUGGUAAAGGACUGGUUCCUU